CAACAUGCCCUCCAUGUUUGAGAGAACUAGCAAGAAUAUGGUCAAAGAGAUUGGAGACAAAGAACUAAGGCCUGUCAAAGACUUCUUGAGUGCCACCAAAAUGCAUCAGUUUUCUUUAUUUCUGAAGAAGAAGACUCGCUCAAAGUUCUGGGAGCAACCUGAAGUUCUAGCUGACAUCUCCCUCAUGCACAUCCUCGAACCAAGUUCUUCAGUCCCAGAAACCACUGUGGCAGGAUCAUUCCUCUUCCAUGACACUCUGGUCCAGAAGCAGAAGGCUGAUGUGAGUGUGAAUGCUGGGGUAAGAGUGAGCUUGUCAGGGGAGGCUACUGAGUCCAGCGAAGACUCCCUCCAGUAUCAGAUUGUUACCAUGCCGUUCCAGACCUGGACAGACCUUCAACAGAGGAAAGUGUUGGCUCCAGAGCCACCAUUUCUGAAGCAGUGCUGGAAAGCAGGUGUGAACCUAUAUGUUGUGACAGAGACUGUGGAACUGCUCAACAGUCCUGUGCUGUGUGAUACCAGCAGUGUGAUUCUUUCGGGAAAAUUUUCCAUCCCUUGAAAUACUUUAUUUCAGGGUGAAGGACAGGGAGAGCGUCUCAGAGUGAGAGAGAAGAAGCUGCCCCUGCAGAAGGGCAUGGUAAUGGCCUAUAAGAGGAAGCAGUUGAUUUUCCAGAAGAAUGGCUGGGAUGUUCUUCUCAUCUUAGAUGACGACAAGCAGAACACCUUUCCAGAAGAUAAGUGUCACAUAAACAAUAGUUCCUACAUGGAAGUUUCUAUCCUCCCAAUAGGAAGAAUAAAGAAACGCUUUGGGCAAGAUUUCAAGCACCUACAAGAAGAGGUUUCCUGGAAAAUGGAGGCACUGGCCCAGCUCCCAAAGGAUGUUCAGGAUGCUAUAUUCCAUAAUAUCCUGGCCAUGCUCGGGGACCGAGGGGCCCUGCAGGACCUCAUGGACAUGCUUGAACAAGAACCCUUGGGUCAUUUGAAUGGCCCUGGUGGCACCAUCCUAAAUGAACUGCAAAAGGACUCAAGAUAUCUGUGGCUUAACCCAAAGUACCUCAUCCUUUACCUGCUUGAAGCCAUAAUGAUGCUGAGUGACAUCCAACAUGAUCUGCUGGCCCAGUCCAAGGAGAAUAGGAUCCUGUUCCAUCAGCGGGAGCUGGUGAGGAGCAUCCUGGAGCCCAACUUCAGCUACCCCUGGAAUAUUCCCUUUACGCUCAAGCCUGAGCUCCUCGCCCCACUCCAGGGUGAGAGUUUGGCUAUCACUUAUGGCCUGCUGGAGGAGUGUGGCCUGCAGAUGGAGCUGAAUAGCCCCAGGUCAACUUGGGAUCUGGAAGCCAAGAAGCCUCUGUCUGCUCUGUAUGGGAUCCUCUCGAUGCUGCAGCAGCUGGCUGAUGCCUGAGUCUUCCCUGAUGGGCAGUCAGUCCAGAGAGGCCUGGACCCACCCAAGUCUAUGCUGUGAGUGUCCUCAGUGGGCUCAGGGGACCUAGGGCCACACCUCUCUGCCUUUCUGGAUGGGAUAGAGACAGGGAUCGACAGAGACUUGAGGGAACGUUCUGGGGUGAUGGAAAUAUCUAUAUCUUGAUAAAGAUUUAUGUAUUUGUCAAAACUCAUCAAACAGUGUGCUGAAGAAUG